AUGUCUGCCCACACGGUCAAGCCAACCGGCCCCUUCGCGCCCCAGUAUGUGCACGGCGUGUACAUUCCCUCGGCCCUGUUGAUUGUGGGCACUCUCAUUGUCAAGAAGGAAUGGGUACCAAUCGCCGUUGCGCUGGCGGCUCUUCUGGGCGGCUGGAAGGUGUACAGCAACCAAGCCCGCAAGGUUCUUGACCCCGUCAAGUUCCAAGAAUUCCCUCUGAAGGAGAAGACGAUCCUCUCGCACAACACGGCCAUCUACCGCUUCGCGCUCCCCCGCCCCAACGACAUCCUCGGCCUCCCCAUUGGCCAGCACAUCUCUCUCGCCGCGACGCUCGAAGGCCAGCCCAAGGAAGUGGUGCGCUCGUACACGCCCAUUUCCGGCGAUGAGACUCCCGGCUACGUCGACCUGCUCAUCAAGUCGUACCCCACGGGCAACAUCAGCAAGCACGUCGCGGGACUGCAGAUCGGACAGACUAUCAAGGUCAAGGGCCCCAAGGGCGCCAUGGUCUACACUCCCAACAUGGUUCGUCACUUCGGUAUGAUCGCCGGCGGCACUGGUAUUACGCCCAUGCUGCAGAUCGUCAAGGCCAUUGCCAAGGGCAGGCAGCAGGGCGACAAGACGGAGGUCGACCUCAUCUUUGCGAACGUCAACCCCGACGACAUCCUGCUCAAGGAGGACCUUGAAGCCAUGGCUGCCAGCGACCCGCGUAUCCGCGUCCACUACGUCCUGAACAACCCGCCCGAGGGCUGGACCGGUGGCGUUGGUUUCGUCACUGCCGACAUGAUCAAGGCCAAGCUCCCCGCCCCCGCCAAGGACGUCAAGCUCCUCCUCUGCGGUCCCCCGCCCAUGGUCAGCGCCAUGAAGAAGGCCUGCGAGUCGCUCGGCUACGACAAGGCGCGCCCCGUUAGCAAGCUUGACGACCAGGUCUUCUGCUUCUAA